AUGCGUCGUCGUCCUCGAAGCGAGUCGUUAGGCUCCUCCUACUUCCUUUCCGUUUUUCCCGUCAGGGGCAUAUUUAAUGCUAUAUCGAUAUACGGUCCAAGUACUCCGAAAGAAGUGCAAGUUGAGCCUCAAACUCCAUUAAGCCUAUUUUGUCCAAGUACUUCAGAACAAGUGCAAGUUGAGCCUCAAACUCCAUUAAGCCUAUUUUGCUCGCCCAAUUAUUUUCAAGGAUCAAGUACUUCAGAAGAAGUGGAAGUGCCUUUGAUUUCCCCAACCGCAACCACUCAGACUCCAUCAAGCCUAUCUUCACAUACUCCGAGGAAACUGAAACUAAGGGCGCAGGUUAGAAAUCUACGAAAAAGAAAGCAAAUACCAAAAAUACAGGAGGGGGAAGACUUUUCCGUAGAAGUUUUUAAUGUCAUGUGUGACAAAUUUUUAAAUGCUCCUUUGACUGAGCUAAUUAAAACUCAUAUAAAGAUGAAAUCAAAAAAACCAUUAGGACGACGAUACUCGUCAGAACUAAAACAAUUUGCUUUGGCACUGUAUUUUUUGAGCCCCAGAGCUUAUCGCUUUCUGGCAAAAAUGUUAACAUUGCCAGAUAAGCGAACUCUUGAGAGGUUGACAGCAAAACUUUCAUGUCAACACCUGGAUCAGGCUAUUUAUGACGCCCUAGAAUUCAAAACUAAGUCUAUGCUAGAGGAGGACAAACACUGUAUUCUGUGUAUUGACGAAAUGUCCAUUACGACAAAUUUGUUUUUUGAUAUAAAGAGCGACAAAAUUAUAGGUUUUGAAGAUUUAGGUAAUGGGGAACGACAACCAAAGCCCUGCAAAGAUUUUCUUGUGAUUAUGACAAGAGGUUUAUUCUCAUCAUGGAAGCAACCAAUAGUAUACUUUUUUGCAGGUGCUCAGUUGCAAGCCAUUAAGCUUCUUUCCAUUUUGGAAAAAUGCAUACUAAAAUUAAAAGAAAUUCCAUUGAAUGUAGAAGGAAUUGCUAGCGAUAUGGGGUCAAAUUUUGUCCAACUCUCAAAUAUUUUAGGGGUUACCUGCGACAACCCAGAAUUUGAAUUGGGAGGCAAAAAGUUAUUUUAUUUUUUCGAUCCAUGCCAUUUAAUAAAGGCCACAAGAAAUAAUUUAUUUUUAGCUUUGAAAAUAAAAAGACAUCAUGGGCAUAUAUUGAAACAUUUUACAAUUCAGAUAAAUCUCAGUUUUAUAGGUGUGCACCUAAACUAAGUUAUGCUCAUUUAUAUCCCACAUCAUUUGAAAGAAUGAAAGUAAGCUAUGCGGCGCAAGUUUUAAGCCAUUCAGUGGCAUGUGGUAUGAACACAUAUAUGAGUUUGGGUACACUACCUCAUGAGGCAUUUGGCACAAUUGAAGUAAUUGAAAAAUUUAAUCGUCUUUUUGACGUUCUGAAUUCAAUUUCACCGCAAAACCCAUUUAAAUUUCAAAAUGCUUAUGACGGUUCGGAAUUUCAGAAUCAAUUUUUGACAGAAAUGAUAGAAUUUUUCAAAAAUUUAAAAAUAAUAAACGUAAAUGGGAAGGACCUAACAAACAAAUUAAGGUUUAUUAAAAGUUGGACAUUUACUAUCAAAAGUCUUUUAAAAUUAUGGGCACAGAUUAUGGGACAACCUAAAGGGAGUAGGGUAUAAAUACCUCAUGACUAGAAGGCUGAAUACAGACUGCCUGGAAAACUAUUUUGGGAGUGUAAGGCAGCAAAGCGGUAAUUGCGUAAAUCCGACCCCCAUCCAGUUUCAAAGAGCAUUUAAGAAGCAAUUUAUCCAAAAUUAUUUUCAUUCAAAAAACAUGAACUGCAAACCAGACCUCGACCACUUACUAGUGAAUCUUAAAUCCGAUUUCAAGGAAUUGGAGACGGCAGAAGCAGAAACAAACUUGGAAGUUUUGGCUGUAUCUGUAACGGAUCAUAGUUACAGAACUGAAAAUAUACCGAAACAAAAUGCCUUUUAUUAUGUUUGUGGGUAUUUAAUGUAAAGAUGUCUACAGGUUCACUCAUGCGAAAUAUGCGAAACAUUUAGCAGAGAGUGUCAAUCACUAGAUGUACACACAUUAUUAACACAUUUUAAGGCAUGCGAUCCUCUAAAGGACAUUUUUGGUGGAUUGUCUUCACCGCCAGAAAGAUUCGUAAAUUUUGUUUAUAACUUAGAUUUGAUUUUUGAUAGCGAAUUUGAAAAAAAAAAUGACAGGUGAUCAAAUUUCAAAUUCGCUUUUAAAUAUAUAUUCAAAAAUAUUGAAUUUGAUCACCCCUGUAAAGACUUUCCAAAAUCAUUUCUUUUAAAAUUAUUUAUUAGGUGUAAAAUAUUUUAUACUUUAAAAUUUAGAAAUAGAG